AUGAAAAUAAGCAAUGUGUGCAUUUUUAUCCUUAUAUUAUUCUUUAAUAUUUUAUUUGAACAGCAUUUGUGCAAUGCUGCCGUAAAGAGAAGUGAAUCUCAUUUGAUGAAGUCUCCUAUUGAUGAAUUAAAUAAGAAGAGGAAAAAGAAGGUGAUAUAUGCAGUUAUAGGUGUAAUGUUGGGCAUGCUUGCCGUAGCCGCAGGUGGAUUGGGAAUGACUUAUAGAAGGAAGAAGCCUUCCAUAUGGGAUGAUUUAGGCCCGGAUGCUCAUGGCAUUUUAAACAGCGCAAUUGCACAGGGGAUAUGGAUGGCAAAGAUGAACAUGACUAAGGACACUAUGCCCGUAGAUAAGUUAUUACCGCAGAUGAGUGAUAUAAGAAAUAUAAUAAAACAGGAAUUGGCACAUAGAAGGUUGGAUAUUGAAAAAUAUGAUCCAUUACAAAUACAAGAUUUUUGCAACUUUUCGAUUUUUAACAUUAAAGAGUCUAUGUUAUCAUUUCAAAGAAACCUAAGAUUAGGAAAAUGGUAG